UAUGUACUGGUCAACAUGUGAGGACUCAGGGCAGGAACUCAUCAUGUGCUCCGGGGGGAAAGUAUAAAGCGGAUUCGACCAACUUUUUCUUCUCCUUCCACUUCUUCUCUCUCUUACUCUCUCUCUCUCUUCUCUCCAUACCUCCUUCUUCACCUCGUUCGUUAAUCCAUCAUCCCAUCACAACUCAACAGUCGUUUCAGCCAUAGUCUGUAUUCUACUAGUCCCCCAUUAUCUCUAACAUCUUAAUCUGUUAUCUCAAUCCCGGCUGUUUUAAUAUCACUUCUCACCAUGAAGUCUUUUCUCGCCUUCGCUGCUGUCCUCGUGGCGGCUCUUGGGUCCGCCCAAAUGUUGCCAGACAUCCCCGGUUGUUCGAUGCAGUGUUUUCUUGAUGCCCUGAUGAAUGAUGGCUGUCCGGGUCUGCUGGACUUUGGCUGUCAUUGCCAGAAGCCCGAACUCGUCAGCAAGGUCACGCCCUGUGUGAAGUCGUCCUGUGGGAUCCCGGAACAGGCGACGGUGUCCGACGUGGUCAUGAAGCAGUGCGCCUCGGCGGGCCAUGCCAUUUCGAUCCCACCGGUUGGUGAGGCGACGCCCACAGAUACCGCAACCAGUUCGACCGACACUGCGUCCAGCUCAAGCUCGCCCCCAUCCAAUACCAUGUCAUCGUCUGGAACGGGAGCAGCCACGGAAACCCCGUCGGGCGCUGGGUCGAUGACACUGCCCACGGGAUCAUCCACAGGGGGUUCCCAGCCCGGCUCGUCCAACACGGCCUCCCCAACGCACAAAACGUCGACCUCGUCCACUUCGUCGACCAUGCCAGGGCAGACCCAUUCUGGCGGCGCCGCUCCCCCGGUCUUUACUGGCGAUGCGACCCAUGUCAAGCAUAACAUUGCGGGGGUUGCGGCUGCGGCUGCGGCCAUUGUGCUGUUUUAAUGGUCCACUGCUCGGAACGGUCGUUGACUGUGACCAGGCGUUGUAUUGUGAUGAGGGAAUUGUGAUUCUUAGUGUCAAAGCACAAGAUGAAUAGCUGUGAUACGGAGAUGGCUUCGGAGAAUACGGCAAGGGAAUGAGCCUGCCUGGUUGACACCAUCAACUAAUUACGGGUAAUAUUAUUCUGUAUUCCAUCA